GCACGGUCCCGCUCAGACAGGUUUGGCUCCGCGUUGCUCGCCGUAUAGUUCAACCACAUGCCUUUGCGAAUCCCCCAGCGAUGUUUGAAGUUCUCGACCCAGCCUGAACUAGCCUUGAACUUGUCUUUCGACCAUCCCCAUUGAUCAGCGAAUUCCAAGGCCUUUUGACGGAUCAUGGCGUCGGUCAGGAUAAUUUUGUUGUGUGUGCAUUCCCGUAACCAGUCUUUCAUAAAACGAUCGAGCAUCGGAAACUUUGUUGGCCUGAAAGAAAACUUGUCAUGAGCGUAUGACAUCGGAUGAAACGGUAAAUGCGACAUACUUAUCGCGAGCGAUGAGAAUUGGAGUGUCCGUCGUGGCGGGCGACGUUUCCGAUGACACAUCGUUCCUCCCCCUCGAGGCAGAAACAGUCGACGAGACCGUGUGGGCUGAAACGACACUGGUCGCAGGUGAGGCCGAACGCGGCGGAUGCGAGCUCGAGCCUGAGCUGGCGCUGGUGGUUGUACUGGUGCUGGAGUCUGAAGCGGCUCGUGCGUGCGUAGGGGAAAACGAAUAUGGAGAAAGUUGAGGAUGCGGCGGCGCGGGCAACAGAGUCAGCUCUUCACGCGUUGCGUGAGAAUUGGUGUGCAAUGCUGCAGACUCCGCGCCAUUUGACGCGUGAGCCAUCUCUUGAGGAGAGUCAGCAGGGGCAGGAUUGGAUGGGUAGUUAAGAUGGCCAUCGACCUGAGUACAAAGAACAUGAUAUGAAUGAAAGAGUCCGAGUAUGAUCCAUUUUUUCUCAUACGCACCUGACUUGAGUCGGUGUUACCAUAUGUUGCAGGUGAGCCACUCAAAGCGGCGCUGUCCUCUU